AUGCCUGGCAGUCAGUACGCGCAACACGACGACAACGACAACAGCAAUGAUGACUCCACUACGAGAAGGGCGGCAGACACCAUCUCCUUGACAGACCAGACCAACUUGCUGCCGUUCAAGAAAGUCGUAGUCGUUUUCUGCGGCCUCUCUAUGUGUAUCCUGGUCUCCACCCUUGACUCGACCAUUGUCGCGACCGCGUUGCCGACAAUCUCCGACGUCUUCAAUGCUGGCGCGGUGGUCUCAUGGGUCCCGUCUGCGUACCUGCUCACAUCGACUGCCUUUCAGCCUCUCUAUGGGCGUUUCAGCGACAUCUUCGGACGCAAGGCCAGCCUAUGUCUCGCCAUGUCAAUAUUCAUGCUAGGCAGCAUUCUCGCAGGGUUCUCCCGCACGAUCAUUCAGUUGAUCAUAUUUCGCGCACUUGCCGGUGCCGGCGGUGGAGCCAUCGUGAGUAUUGGGCAAAUUGUCAUUUCGGAUGUUGUGACGCUUCGUGAGAGAGGGAAAUAUCAAGGUAUCAUCGGCGUUGUCGUCGCGUUCGGCUUCGCGAUCGGACCCCUCAUCGGCGGUGUCCUGGCGGAGAAAGUCAGCUGGCGGUGGUGCUUCUGGGUUACUCCCCCAAUCUCAUUCACCGCCAUGUGCACAGUCCUGCUCGUUCUCCCGCUGAAGCCUGUCGAAGGUAACUUCCGUAGAAAACUCCUUGCCGUUGACUAUCUAGGAGCGGCACUGACUCUGGCUGGGUGCACCCUUGUGAUUCUUCCGAUCAUAUGGGGCGGAGUAACCUUCCCUUGGUCAUCAGCAGUGGUGCUCGCACCGUUAUGUUCAGGGUUCCUUGUAGUGUCCCUCUUCUGCUUCUGGGAAUGGAAAGGCGCAAGAUUGCCUAUCGUGCCCAUGUAUAUUUUCAAGCACAUCACCGUCACCGGAGUAUACAUCACGAUGUUUGCGAACGGAAUGAUCUUCUACUCGGCACUCUUCUAUCUCCCGCAGUUCUUCCAGGUCGCUUUGGGAUACUCGCCUAUUCGCUCCGGCGUGUUCCUCCUUCCCGUUCUCGUCAGCCAGACAACAGCCAGUUUUAUCUCGGGCCAGAUCGUGAGUAGAACGGGGCGAUAUAGGACCAUCAUACAUAGCGGCUUCUCGGUGUGGGCCAUCGGAUGCGGAUGCCUGUCGACAGUCACUAGCAGUACACGGAAGGGGCUCCUCGUAUUUUUCAUGCUUCUCUCCGGACUAGGUGCAGGACAGACUCUGCAGACCACCACUGUUGCGGCUCAGGCGAGCGUGUCACGGAAGGACAUGUCCGUCGUGACAGCGGUUCGGAACUUCGUCAGGCUGCUAGGAGGCACACUGUCACUGGCUCUUGGAGCAUCCAUCAUCAACAACUCGCUGCGCCAGUCCAUGACAGUCCUCGGCCUCUCGCAGUCGACCAUCAAGGCCAUCAUCGACGACCCUACGAUCCUAGGCGACCGGCUCUCUGCCUCAUCCUCCAGCAAGCUAGGGUCACUCGGCGUCACGCCAUCCAUGGCUGACGACAUCCUCAAUGGGUACACGCACGGCUUUCGCACGGUGUUCGUCAUGAACGCAAGCCUCGCUGCGGUGGCGACGGUUGCAAGUGUGCUGAUGAUCCGCCACAAGGAGCUUUCGCGCGGCGAUGAGGAUCGUCUUCGCGCAGCUGCCAAAGCGGAAGAGAAGCGCAUGAACCUGGACGUCGAGGAAGGGAUUGAAUUCCAGAGCGAGCGGCAAGCCGAAGAGCUUGACGACAAGAGCUGA